CCGGCACCCCGCGAUGGACGUGGUGAUCGUGACGGAUGAGGUGAACCAUUGCGUGGUGCAGUCUCUCUGCCGUCACCACCCACGGGUUGGAGUGUUGUCGUACCCUGACUUCCUACGGGACCCCGCCGGUCGAAUGGCAGCCGUGAAGCAACUGCAGCUGACAUGGAAUUCGUUCCCUGUCACCGAAACUGAAGUUAAUAAUUCAUAUUCUUCAAAGACUGACGUUAAUAAUCCUUCGUCACAUAGCGCAGUACUUGAAUCUGUUAAUGGAUCAGAUAGAAUGAAGGAUUUGAACAAUCAAACAUCGUCUGAACCUCCCACCAAUGGUACUAACGGUAGCUCUGAGCCACUAGCCAAGGCGAAAACAGAUGAAUCCAGUGAUGACGGUAGCUCUGAGCCAUUAGCCGAGGCGAAAACAGAUAAAUCCAGUGAUGACGGUAGCUCUGAGCCAUUAGCCGAGGCGAAAACAGAUAAAUCCGCUGAUGACGGUAGCUGUGAGCCAUUAGCCGAGGCGAAAACAGAUAAAUCCGCUGAUGACGCUGGCAACUCAUCCAUUGCCACUAGUGGCAUGCCAAGCAUCGCGUGUAUCAGCACCACAAAUCCAUCAAUGGAAUGUGAUAAUAUCAACGAGCCUGUUGCACAUUGUGUUCCUGGUUGCGUUUCUCCGGUAAAUGAAUUAAGCCAGCAAGAAGACUCGAGUGUUACGAGGUUUGUUGAUGAUAAGAAAAGAACGCAAGCAACAUCUUGUGCCACUGAUGACUCGAGGGCUGGAGCUGCCUAUGACUCAUUCAAUGGUCCAUCGAAGGAAAUUGCACUUGAAGAUGAUAUUGUUAUGGAGGAUAACGAGCAACCUGGAAACUGUGAAAAACUUGAUUGCGAUAGCAGGAUUGAGUGUAAUAGUGAGAAAAUGUCGCAGCCUGAGCGGAACGUUUUAUGGCUAAUCGUGACAGGCAUAGAUCUUCUCAUCGCAUCGGACGUGGCUGAAGAGUUUGCUGAUAUAGACGAGAUCAUGAGCCACGUGUACGACACUCACGCGUACCUCCGCCUGCAUGUGCCCCCCAGCGACGUGGUGCUGACCACGCCUGUCCUGCCCCUCACCAUCCUGCAGGAUACUUUACCCCGCCAACUCAUUUCUCAUCUCAUGAACGGCUCCAAUGCCAUCACUGCUCCUCCUAAGAAAUUCGACAAGAUUGUUCAGCUAUAUAAGCUUCUUUUCUGUCGCUCUCUUGCCCUGCACGCUGCUAACGCUGCGCACGAAAACCUCUUCAGGAUCGCUAAAGGUGCUCUUGGUGCUGAUGUCGCCAGGAUACUGACGCCUGAUCUCUUGGAAAUAAAGGAUUCUCAGACUGAUGUAGAUGCUGUGGCGUGCGCGACUGGCGUCUCGGCACAUUAUUUCACGUAUACGUCUUGGCAUGUAGCUGUCGAAAAUGUGAUCGUGAACGCGAUUUACGGUUCGCCGUGUCCAUUCCUGAGUCGGAGUCCUGCUGCUGUGGCCGCUGCUGCUGAUCAGGCUGCAGAUAUUGAUGCUAUGGAGCACACGUCUCGUCUCUGUCAAAUCUCAGUCGUUGGUGAACUCAAAUUCGAACGCUCCUCUUCUACUGCUUUUAAGAAAGUCAGCCUCCACAAACGAUGGUUGCAGUUUGACGCAAGUGAUCGGGCAUUUAUUCUUCAGUUGGCCGAGAAAACGUCUGGAAACAAUCCUAUGACUUGGUGCCUCACGGCUCCGUUUCCUAAGCUUGUAAUGCAGCAUUUCCCCAACCCGUCGUGCGUGGUCAACCGCUGCAAAAAGGGUCUUAGGCUGUGGCAAUUUCAGGCACCUAAGAGUGACCUCUUGCAAGCGCAGCUGAAAAUGAGAAGCUUCCUUACUGAACUGCAGUGCAAGCUACCCGAUGGGAACUUCGCCAAUGUUUUUCCUGCAUACCCAUGCAGUUUUGUUGUCGUUAACGAUAAAACUGAUAAAGACACUCAUUCAGCUAUUCACCGACUACACCGCUCAUCGUGUAACACGUUUUUCACGCGCGAAAGUGAGGAUGGAAUACGGGCCAUGUUCGAUGGUCUUGCCACUGCAUGGCGGAGUAUUUUCUCCACAAAUAAACUUGGCCACACAUUGGACUCAGCAUGCGAAGGUUUGGCUAGCGUGUCUGUGUAUCAACUCGAUCAGAACGCUUCUAUUAUGCACCGCAACUCUAAGGCACAAGUGGACAGUUGGCUGAAGGCAGUAACCGCUUACUUAGCUGACUAUCACCAUGAAAUUUCUGUGCAACUGACGAAACCUGCCGAGGCAUCGACGGACGACCUCAUCGUGCUGGAGUGACAGACUAUCUGUUAGGAAAAUUCUGCAUUGUACUUGGCCUGCAGCUUAAAUUCGGGUCUUAAGUUAUGCGCCACUCCGAUCUUGGCUGAUCAUUGAAGUGAUUGUCUAUGUAAAUAUGUAAAUUUAUGCCCGUGUCUCUGUGUUUUUCAGAGAUGUUUUCGUAAUUCAGGCUGCCGAGCAAUGAUCUGCCGGAGAAAUAUGGCAGCCAUAGUUCGACCAAAGCUACCGCACCGAGUAGCUGGGCCAUUAAGAACUGCUAAACCAAUCCUAUAUACUUCUUAGUGAUUAUUUUGUAUCAAUCCAAACUUUGGUUGACAUUCGGGCCUCAAUUAUUAGGGAAUAAAAUUCAAAAUGUCCGGUGCAUAGGACAUUCCUUGCUAUUUCUCUAUUAAUAUUCUCCUAUUUUAUUUAUUUUCCAGUGGAUGAAUGCUUGUUAACGUAUGACCAUCCUAUUUAUUAACUUAUGGGUAAAAAUAUUACGAAUUAUUAAAUUAUUGGUUAAAGAUGCUGUGUUCCCAGUAUUUUUUCACCUGAAAUUCUAUUUUACAUUGAAAAUCUCGGCAUGUAUUUCAAUGAAUUAGAAGAUUUUGCGUACGGGACUAAAUUUGAGCAUUAUUUAAUGUUAGUGCACUAGGCCUCACGACAGAGAUGAGAUCGCACGGCGAAUUUUUUUUCUAUAUUAGUAUGCGCGGCGAGGGCGACCCUGAGUAGGCGAUAAUGUGCUGUUCAUGUGCGAUGAAAAGUUUGAGCGUUCAGCCUCGUUUUUAGUUGAAUGAAGCCCUAGGUUAUGAGUUGAAGCAGCGCUGUUCAAAGGGGUUUGUAAUGAAUUUUUCUCGUGGAUGUUAAUUCGCUUAGUGAGUUGAAACUCUCCGAAGAGUGUUGAGUAAUUGAUAAUCAUUCGUUGAAUGAUGAAUUAUUGGCAGUUUCCCGAUUUCAGACAUGAAGUACCGGAAUCAUUACUUUUUUCGUCACUUUGAAUAUCUCGUUUUCAAGAUUUUCUUCCAAUCGUGCCCUAUUGAAUUUCAGCCUUCCGGUUUUGCAACAUCUUUUUUCUUGGUUACAAUUGGCCGUUUAUUUUACAGGACCGAAAUGUGUUUGAAUUACCAGACCCCAGGCGGCCAGUCUCGGUUAUUUUGAGUUGAAUCAGAUUUCAUGUCUGAAUGUUGGACUGGAGUUUCGUUGCGAGAUUCGAUACCUUAUACAAUGCAUGCUUGGAUCUAUAUUUAAUACUAGUCUCGGUCUAUAUUUUCGUGUGAAUUAAAUAAAUGGAAUUUGCUUGGGAUUACCAGCUGAUAAUGACACACAAAUACUUUACGAUUAAAGAGUUUCAUAAUACAGCCACCACUGUACUCUACCCGCUGAACUCGUGUCUCGUCAUAUAAAUGAGAACCACACAACAUGUCCCGAUGUUUCAAUCCACUUAUACACGCACUAUGUCAUAACAUUCUUGAGGUAAAUUCAUUUCUUACUAAAUCGACAUGAUGCAAUUUGAUUUCCUAUUUGUUGUUGGCGCAAAAAUAGCUUGGCUGGCAAAAUCUUUUAUUAUUUAGGCAGCGAUUCUCAUCAUGGAAGUCUCGUAUUACGUUUUUUUUUAAGUUUAGUUGGUUCAGUGAAAUUAAUUCUGCCUCAACGACUAACAUUUGAGUUGCCUGAUUUGAGUGCACAUUUCAAGUGAAGUUCCCAUCUGCGCAGUGAAUGCUGAAGACUGCCCUGUUCUUUAAGAAGCACGCAAAACUAGCAAUGCAUGGGUCAUGUGGUGCACUCUUCUUUUUCUAAGAAUGCUAGGUUUUUCACUAAGUACUGAUGUGUGAUUGGGGUAAUUACAGAUUUUUAUAUCUGGAUGUGAGCAUAAACAAAACAAAAAGAAUCGUAAGGGUAGGAAUGACGAUUGAAAUCUAUAAAUAUAC